CCCCGGAGCGAUCCCGGCGCGGAAUUCCCGGCGGGAAUGCGGUGGGGAGGCGUGUCCGUGUUCCUGGGGCUGCUCCUCUGCCAUCCCGGAGCGGCCGGAGCGCCCUGCGGGGAAAAUCCCGAGUGCCGGGAGCUCUCUGGACAGCCGGGAAUCCUGGAAUGCUCUGCCGCGUGCCGAGACGGCCUUUCCCUGGAAGCGCCGGUGUUUCCCGGGAACGGGCAGCUGGAGCCGCUGUCCGAGAGCAUCCGCAGGUACGUCAUGAGCCACUUCCGAUGGGAUAAGUUCGGCCGCAGGAACAGCUCCAGCGGCUCCAGCGGCUCCGGGAGCAGCGCCGGGAGCCACAAACGCCGCGAGGGCUCCGGGAACAUCCCGGCGCUCCCGGGGCCGCAUUCCCAGCGCCGGGAAGAGAAGGAGGACGGGAAGCGCUCCUAUUCCAUGGAGCACUUCCGAUGGGGGAAGCCCGUGGGGCGCAAGAGGAGACCCGUCAAGGUGUACCCCAACGCCCUGGAGGAGGAGCAGGAGCAGGAGGAGGAGGAGGAGGCGGCGGCGGCGGCGGCGCGGGAAUUCCCGCUGGAAUUCCGGCGGGAGCUGGGGGGAAGGCGGGAAGGGGGCAAAUCCCGCUGGGAAUCGCCGCUGGACAAGCGCUACGGGGGGUUCAUGGGCUCGGGGAGCAGCCGGACCCCGCUGCUGACGCUCUUCAGGAACACCAUCGGCAAAAGCGCCUCCCAGAAGGGGCCGUGAGCGGGAAAAAUCCACCCGGGAAUUCCCGCCCGCACGCCUUUUCCAACCCCCUUCCCCUUCCCCUUCCCCUCCCCUCCUGGAGCUUCAGCGCCCCGCGGGAAAAUCCCAAAGGAAUUCCCUCCCUCGUUCCUCGCAUCCCUCGGAACCGGCGCUCCCGGGAUUUGG